UACUCGGAUAAUUUCUUCAUUAUCGUACAAGUUAGUUCCAUAUGCACAUACGAGUUCUUUGUCUUGGAAAGAUGUCUAAAAGUAGAGUCUCCGAUUAUAAAGCAUAUCGCGGACUUACUAAAACAUUACUUACAGUCGGAGGUCUUUGGCCUUACAGUAAUUCAAAUAUCUUUUAUCGAAUUCUACCUUAUAUACAGAUUAUUUUAAAUUUAGGAAUGGCCUUAGCGAUACUCGGUUUCGUUCGCGAUCAUUUUUCAAAUAUUGCUCUUGUGACACGUGGCAUGAGCGUUAUGACAAGUUUUUUGACGACAAUAUUAAAGGUAACAUGUUUGGUGAUAAAUAAAGAAGAUUUAAUGGAGCUACACGAAAAUCUCGAUCCAUACUUGAAUGAUUUGUUAAAAAAUUCACCGUCAACGGAAGUAAUUUUAAAAGACAUCAAUAGCUUCAAAUUUUUAUCAUGGGGUCUUACUUUUUUUGCAUUUAUUGCCACGUGUUUUUUGAUUUUUACUCCACUGCUAUUUAUAUUACAUUGUCAUCAACAUGAAAUAGAGUUAAUUAAUUACCCGCUAAUCUAUCCGAGUGUUUACCCAUGGAAAAUAAUAUCAAAUGGAUGGAUUUAUAAAAUGAAUUAUGUUUUUGAAACACUUGCAUCAUUAAUACUAUUUUUCGUUACCGCAAGUGUAGAUUCUUUAUUUACACUCUAUGUUUUUCAAAUGGUUGGACUAUUAAGAGAAAUUUCAUACUGUAUUACACGACUUGAUGAAAAAAAUGUUAAUAAAGACAGUGUAAUUUGUAAAUGCAUUACUCAGUAUGAAAAAUUAAUGAGAUGUCGCGAAAUACUUGAAAAAAUUUAUGGUCCAGUAAUUCUUUGGAUUAUGACAACUAAUGCUGUCGUACUUUGUACAUUAUUAUUCCAAAUAUCACAGAUGAAAAGUAUAUCCGUUACACGAGGAUUGCUAUUCACUACUUAUAUUACAUUGAAGAUGAUUCAAACAUUCAUGUAUGCAUGGAGCGGAUCGUGUUUAACUGACGAGAGUGAAAAUUAUAAAGAUGCUGUUUAUGCCGCCCACUGGUAUGGAAACAAACGUUUCAUGACUUCGGUUAUCAUUAUGCUUGCACAAAGACCACUAACUUUAACUGCCUGUAACUUUUCUACUGUUUCGCUUAAAAUUUUUGUAAUGGUGCUCAAUACGACAGUAUCUUAUUUCUUUUUAUUACAAACACUAGACUAUCAAGAAUAAAAGUAAUUAAUGAUAAAUAAUUGAAGUCACUGGUUUUUGAAAUUUGAUUGUAAGCUUGAUAUAGCAACUUAAACGCACACAUGAUUGAGAUUUUAUAUUUAAAUUAGUGCAUGGUAUUGUUCAAGAAAAAAAUUACGUGCUACUCUACAGUUAGUGAUAUUAAUUAAGAAAUUGUUACAAAUAUAAUCGUUUUAAGGUAAGAAUAUUAUGAAGGUAACUUAAAAAUUGCAGGUAUUUAAUGAUUUAAGAUAAAUAAUCAAUAAGUAAAUCAUAUGAAGUUAUGAAUUGAGAAAAAUGCGGUAAUUGAAGAACCGAAAAAUUUAAUUGUUUUCUUGUUUAGAAAUAUAAUACAACGU